AUGAAUGCAGCAACUCCCUCAACCAAGGCCGCGACCCGGAAGCUCCCUGGACACGACAUCUUUUGCACCCCCGAGAACAGUGACUUUGUCUCUCAAGUACCGUAUCAGAGUCUCAGUACUACAGAAAGAGAGAUCCGUCUUCUCAAAAUCCUUCCAGACUCAGGGUCGGGUUUCGUCGAAUGCGAAUUGCUACCAACCGUAAAGCUUGCAGACGUCGAGAAGCAGUAUCUCGCCCUCUCUUACUGUGCAGGAAGUGCAAGAAAUACGAGACCUAUCAAAAUAUGCAUCAACCAGUUCGAUCUGGCGGAAAGAUCUCACCAGGUUGGAUUCAUGAGGGACAUUUACGAGAAAUCACGACACACCCUGAUCUGUCUAUCAACCCCCGAAGCACACGGGGAAGACAUGAGAUGGCUCGUUAUGCGGAGGCUCGACCUAGAGCUAGAACGCGUUUCCUGGCGCCACUUCUACAGUGAUCACCAUAAAACUGAGCUAGGUUUCGAAGAGCGUUGGGCCGCCUCACUUGGUGUUGCUAAGAGUCCGUGGUGGACCAGGGCUUGGGUAUUUCAAGAAUUCAUCGUGUCCACACAAGCAACGUUUCUUUAUGGAAGACAUUCAAUGUCUUACUUAGACUUUGCUAUCUUGACCGCAGGGAUCCCAGGCCCAGAGACACCACCGCCUGGAUUUAUUGUCGUAACACUUAACAGUCAUUUCCAGAAAGAGAAAACGGAAAGCACAAUGUCCAAAAUGAGGGGGUUUCUGAUUGCAAAACUCAAGCAGUCCAGGACUACUGACCUCAAAGUCCUUUUGUCUUGUACGAAGAACUGCCAGGCCACCGAUAAAAGGGACAAGAUUUACUCAAUUCUGGGUCUUGCCGAACCUGGCUAUGGAAUCGUUCCCGACUACUCUGGCAAUAUUGCCAUAAACGACCUUGUGGUGGAGACUACCAAGAAGAUCAUACUAUUCGAGGACAGCUUGAUGGUACUCUCGUAUCUAGAUCGAGACAAAAUCUUUUACCGCUAUCCGAGAGGAACAUUGCCUUCCUGGGCAAUCGACUGGACGGAUAGUGCAAGCUUUGGACUUCGUUCGAGCAUAAGCGUUGUAUCCGAUUAUGCAUUUCCUAGAUUCGUGAGCUAUCAGCCCGAUGGAAUCACACAAUCAUCACUAGACGCCGUUUUCAUGAAAUUGCCGCAUCCUCAAUACCCUCCCAACACGCAAAUCACGGCCAUUCAGGUAUGGGCCGUUUUGCUAGAUGAUGGCUUCUAUAAAAAUGGGGAUAGCUGGUAUACAUUCCAAGGCUCUCGGGGAUUCGUUAUUCGCGGCUGGGAUUGGGAUGGGCUGGAGGUAAACAGUGACUAUGAGCUAUGGGCUGUUCGUGGUACGAUAGAACCUUUUCUUCUGUGCAAGUACUCUUAUGGGUACCGGAUAGUGAGACCUGUGUAUUGUGGUAAUUUGGCCAGGAAGCUAUUGCCGCCCGAUGACCAACAUAGGGCCGAAUUUUAUGAUGGCACGUUCGAUAUGGGCAAGAUGGAGCAAACUAGAAUCAUUCUAUUCUAA